AUGGAGGAAUUCAUUGUGACUCGAGGAGCAAAAAAUCCAAGUGUGGCAUUAAAAAAUUUUACAAUAGUCAAUUAUGAAGCGCCAAAGAAAAAACAAAAAUCAUCGGAAAUUAAAUCUUCGUCGUCGUUAAAAAUUAUCGACAAUUCUGUUGAGGAGAAAGACGAUAUGGAUCCAAGACGAAAGCAAGAACUUGAAAUGAAACGAGCGAGAUUUGAGGUGAUGAAAUUUGGAAUGUCCGGCUUAAAGAAGACAAAGGCGAAGGAGGCAAAAAUUGCCUUGGCAAUUAGUUUAGGAGCGAGACCGCCGAAGAAUCGAAGGAGAAAUUAUAAGGAAAUAUUGAAGGAGAAGGAAAUUGAAAAAAUAAAGGAAUCAAAACGAAAGACAAAGACAUAUUCAGGCGUUAAUGACAGUUUAAAGAAACGAAAAACACGGAGAAAAGUGAAGAAGGAUUCGGGAAUAUUGGGAGUUUAUGGGACAGUUCGAAAGGAGUGA